GCACCACACCCCCUGCUCACCAGUGGGAGCCGGCCAGGCCGUCACCAUGGAUAGGGUAUACACAGACUGCGGAUACAAGGAGAGAGCCUGGUCUCCUGUGCAGGACACUAUGUCCUAGGCCACCCUCUGCUAAUCCGGUGGAGGGACGUCUCCUGCACAACCCCCCAGCCAUGCUGUGCUCACAACGGCCUGCUCCCUUGCUCUCCGAUCCCCCAGUCCAAUCCCUGGCCUUCACCCCACGUGGCAUCCACAGCAUAUUGCUCAGGGAGCCACCUCACACAGAAGCAAAGCUGGAACUGCUGCGGAAACUGCGGAACCCCCUGGACACACAACUGCCCCCUGCUCCCACCCUGGGCUACCUGACGUGGCUAGAGGUCAGCCGGCUGCCCCCGCUCCUCCCACUGCGCCCAGACAAGCCGUAUGACAGCGCGGUGUGGAGACGGUUGACCGCUGCUCCAGAAGGCAGGGGACCACGUAGCCCCAUCCCUCCCCCAUCACGCAUGGAGGCUAAUACAUGGGACAGGUUUGUUCGCUGUAGCGGAAUCCGGAGGGAUGAGAGGGAGUCACGGUCGUUACGUAUACGUAGUCACGGGAGAGCGCCCCCUACAGACUCUCAUGGGAACAUCAUUCCCCCUGAAGGAUUCAAAAGGUACCCGGCGCUGAGGAUAGGGGCUGUUGCUGGUUCUGAGCUGCCAGUCUCUGUACCUGUGGAAUCGGAUGUUUUCCCUGUGCCGAAACAUCAGUAUAAAUCCCAUAAACAGACCCAACAGGAAAACACCCCCAAUUAUACCCUGAUCCUACAGAGGUACCGGGAGCUACAGGGAGGAGCGCGGAGCGUGGUCCCUUAUAACAGCCGGAUUACCACCCCCAGGGUAGCGGCCCAAGUGAGCCGCAGAUGACUGAGUACAAUAAACGCACAUGGAGUCAGUGGCAA